AUGCUACUUCGUGUUCGUGGAAAUGGUGCAUCUCCUGAGAAUUCACAGGCAGCGUUGGUAUUCCUGCGUGGAUUUCGUCUGACAAAUACUCGACCUCCAUUAGGUGCGUAUAAAACUCUCACAGGGACACGUCCAUUGAUUUAUUCUCACUUUCCUGUUGGUAUACAAGCACCAUCAGCCACAAAUGAUGUGGAUUUAGGUGCACAUCUGAACCGAACCGUAUGGAAAGAGAUAUGGAAUAUGUAUGAUAUUGUUUACGAUGAGUUGUGUUUAUUCCCAGAACCAGAUGUCAUGACAAAUCUAUUGUCUUCUUGUGCUAGUAAUAGUAAUAGUACUAGUAGUGCUAAAGUAGAAGAAGUAGGAAAUUUCACUCGUUUAACAGCAAGGAAUGUAGCUAAGACAGCUGUAGUGGUUACUCAUUACUUUUCAGAGGAUACGGCCCGACCUUCUGUAGCGGGUAUGAAAUCUAGUGUAAUUGUAUUGGAUGUUUCUUUUUUGCCUUUGAAAGACGCUGCCACUCGUAUUGCGGUGGAAGUGGCUUGGUUGGCUGCUUAUGCUUCUAUGGAAGGGGCAUUGGAGAAUGUCUCUCAUGUGGUUGUGCGUUUACCAUAUGAUUGUGAUUUAACAAACGUGGAGAAAAUGAAUUCUUCUGUUGUGCAGGAAGGUUUGGAUUUUAUUGGUGAACACAUUGAAUUACUGGUGCAGAGCUUUAGAAAAAAAUCCGAGGAGGAGGAGAAGAAGAAGAACGGGGUUUCUUCUGUAUGUGUAUCUUUUAUUGGCUCAAACCCUUCACUAUUACAGGAGCGAUUACAUCAGAUUCGAUCUCUUCACCCAUCUACAAGUGGUACUGUGAAGAAAGAAGAGGAAAAAGAAGAAGAAGACGGCAUAACAGUUUUCACUGGAGAUCAUCAUCGAGAAGAACUACACGAACAAAAACAAGAAGAGUUAUUGUAUUCCAUCGCCUCUUCACUAGGAAUUCGUGUGAGUUUGGAUAUGGUGCCAUUAAAGAGUCUUCUUGAAGGGGGUGAGGAGCCGUGGGAUGAGGCCACAACGAGAGAAAAUCAAGUGUUGAAUUUCUGUCCCUGUUGUGGUCAUUGCGGGUGUCACUAG